AUGAUCAUAGGCGUGCAAACCCAUUUUAUUGGUGCUGCACUCAAGGCUAACAGUCUUCAACUUGUUGGCAUGUCCCCUUCCAGAGCAGUGGAGAGGCAUUCUGGAAAGUCAGGACACCCUGAUCUUGGUAGCAGUGUUUCUUCACAUAACAUGUUUGUUUCUAAACAAGUGCCUUUAAGAGAAGUUGAAGAUAGAGAUUCUGAUGGGCAGAAAUCUCCUUUAGAGACACCGGCACCCCGCAGGUUUGCUCCUGUCCCUGUCUCAAGGGAUGGCAGAAUAUCGAAGAGGGAAAACCCUGCUGAAGAAAAAGAAAAUAUGGCAAUGUCAAGUCCUAAAGGAAACGUAAGACUGUUGGAACAAAUAUUGAGUAGUAAUGAUUCUUUGACAAGAAAAUGUGAAUCAUCAAACAUAACCUCGCUAGCCAGGUCAAAAACAGGAUGGAAUUCUGAGAAAAGAGACAGAGACACAACACACCCACCUCUACAGGAUCAUAACGGAUUGGUGAAUUUAAAUGGCAUUGAAACUCUACGUUCACAGAAGUUUCCUUCCUCUGAAGAGCUAGGAACAGCUGAAGUAGUUAUGCAAAAGUAUAAUGAUGAUGUUCAUGAUCUUGGCCAGAAGAAGAAACAAACAAAUGACCUGCUUCAGGUAAAACAAUCCCCAGUUAUCUUGAAGUUUUCAGAUCUUCCACAGAAUCCUGUUAAGCUUCAGACAACCAAUACACGAUCUGUCUUGAAAGAUGCCGAGAAGAUUUUGAGAGGAGUACAGAACAAUAAAAAAGUGCUAGAAGAAAACCUGGAAGCUAUUAUCCGUGCAAAGGAUGGAGCUGCUGUGUAUUCAUUUAUUAAUGCUUUGUCUACCAAUAGGGAGAUGUCAGAGAAAAUUAGGAUCAGAAAGAAAGUAGAUGACUGGAUUAAAAUCAUUUCAGCAGAAAUCCAGGAUGAACUUUCGAGAAAAGACUAUGAACAAAAGCGAUUUGAUCCUCGGAAUCCUCGGAACAAGCAAGCUCUGAGUAUGAGUAGAGAUAUUAAAGUCAACACACAAGACAGAGCAGCGAACAAAUCUGUAAUUCCAAGAAGACACUGUCAAAAGCCAGUGCAGGAGCAGUCUAGAAGUGUACCCGUGAAGAGCAUGCCUACCUCAGGUUCACAGAAAGAGAGAAAAGAAGGACUCUUGAAGUCAACCACCGUUUUACAAGACGAGGAUCCUCUGUUACAAAUAUAUGGGAAGCCGGUUUAUCAGGGCCAUCGCAGCACUCUUAAGAAGGGACCGUAUCUCAGAUUCAGUUCUCCAUCUCCCAAGGCCAGACCACAGAGACCAAAAGUAAUAGAGCGAGUCAAAGGCACUAAAGUCAAGUCAGCGAGAACACAAACUGACUUUUAUACAGCAAAACCUGUGAAAGUGGAUUCUAAAAUGCAACGCCCCGUCACCACACUGCCUCAUGGUGAUCAGCAGUGUUUGUUCAGCCCAAGCAGAGAAAUGCCUACUGUUUCAGGUACCCUGGAAGGCCAUCUGACUCCAAUGGCCAUUCUUUUAGGACAAACCCAAAGUAAUAGUGAUUCCAUACCACCUGCUGGAGUAAUGGUCAACAAGCCACACCCUGUAACUGUGACUACGUCCAUUCCUCCGUCCUCUCGGAAAGUAGAAGCUGGAGUCAAGAAACCUAAUGUAGCAGUUGUAGAAAUGAAAUCAGAGAAGAAGGACCCCCCUCAGCUCUCUGUACAGAUGUUACCUAGUGUGGAUAUUGAUAGCAUUUCAUACAGCAGUAUUGAUGGGGUUUCCCCUCCGCCAAGUCCCAAAGAAGCCUCUCUUCCUCCAUUGCACACCUGGAUCCAGACUCCAAAGUUUCUGAAGAUGGAUGAAGAAGAGGUGGAGCUUCCAGGAACUAACUUUGAUGAAGUCAUUGAUGUUGUUCAGGAACAGGAACAGCGUGAUGAAAUCCCUGAAUGCUCUGCACCAGUGUUGGAAUUUAACAGAACUGUUAAGGUCAUUCCUACAGAAUAUAAUGGUCCUUCUUUUCCUCCAGUAGUUCCUACGUUUCAUCCCACUACUGAUAUUUUGGAUAAAGUAAUUGAGAGAAAAGAAACAUUGGAAAAUAGUUUAAUUCAGUGGGUAGAACAAGAAAUAAUGUCCAGAAUUAUCUCUGGACUCCUUCCGCUGCAGCAACAAGCCAGACUUGAUGACAGCGUUUCAGUUAGUGAGGCAAGCGAACCAUCAGCUUCUGACAUUGUCCCAGGAACAAGCAGUGGAGCACUCCAGCUUUUUGUUGAUGCCGGGGUUCCUGUGAGUUCAGACAUGAUCAGCCGCUUUGUGAAUGAAGCUCUUGCUGAGACCAUUGCCGUGAUGUUAGGGGACAGAGAGGCAAAGAAGCCGGGGCCUGUUGCCACAAGUGUUUCUGGUGAUCGUUCAACAAAUGAAACUAACUUACCGGAAAGAGUUUGUGCUCCAGUAGCUACACCGCAGCCUACUCCUCCAUGCUCACCUUCUCCUCAGGAGUACGUGUUAGUAAGAACUCCUGAUUCUUCUUCCUGGGAUUCAGAUCAGGAUGUGGCUUCCCCUAGUAAAGAAAUAAGUGCCGAAAAAGGAAGUGUUAUACCUGCCAUCACACCUGUUAGUACCCCGACAGUUACCCCUGUUACUACACCCCCUCCGGCGGCAGCGCUUACCCCAACUAUGUCAGACAUUUCCAUUGACAAGUUGAAGGUAUCAAGCCCUGAGCUUCCCAAGCCAUGGGACAGUGGAGACCUGCCCCUGGAUGAAGAGAAUCCUAACUCUGUUCAAGAACAUCUUCACCCAAGAGCUGUUGUAAUGUCUGUGGCUGAAGAUGAAGAACCUGGGAGUGUCGACUUCCCUGCCCAUCCUGCCCCGUUAACACCGCUUCCUGAGGGCACCAAGGCUCCUCAGCAGACCCCAAGCUCUGGCUCAUCAACACUGGAGAACACGUUGAGCAUCACUCUCACUGAGACAGAGACUUUAGACAGGCACAUCUCUGAAGGGGAGAUCUUACUUAGCUGUGCUCAGAACUUGGCUCCCAAGAUUUUAGGGAACGGGGACUUGUGUCUGAACAUAAACGACAGCUUGUCCAGCACUCUGCAGGAUGCCCUUGAAAUGGAAGAUGACCCUCCCAGUGAAGGAGAGGUGAUUAGGAGGCCCCAUAAAAAGCUUCAUGCAAAUGCGAUUCUUUCUCUUUUUACUAAGCAAGAACAGGAGCUACUAGUUUCACAGCAAGCAGAGGACAUGGAUAACAGUGUGGGUGAGCUUAGUGAAGGACAAAGGCUUGUACUGGCGGCAGCAGAGGACAUCUUGGCAGGACCGUCCGUCUGCCUGACGCAGCCCACUGCAACUGCAGAGCCUUCCGAUGAGCGAGCAGCUGGGAUGUUCCUGCAGCAGUCUGCUGUGGCCUCAGGGAACAUUUGUGAAGGUUCAUGUGCCAGUCAUGGUCCAAUGAGUUUAAGGGAAUUGGAGUUGCAGCCUUGUUCUAGCCUUGUUCUUCCCAUGACACACAAAACAACAAAAGGCAAUGAUGCUGAGUUGCCAGGAGCAGCUGAAGACUCUUCUCAGUACGAGCAAAAGCAAGACAGAGACAGUCAACACGCUGAAGAGAAGCUGGUACAAAGACAGCUAACCUCUGUAAGAAACAAACCUGACAGCUUCCUUUCACGACAGAAAGGUGCCGAGACGGUCCCACUCUUCCCAGCACGCAUGUCACCCACCAAGAUGUCUGUGACUCUGCCCUCUGCGGACCCUGAGGCCUGCUCGCAGUCCUUGAGCGCCAGCACACAGGGCGACGGGGAGUCGUCGGGGACAGACACCUUCUGAACAGGAAGAACCAGCACAGCGUUGAUGGAGACAGGUCGCUUCGCUUCAGACCAUUCCCAUGGACUGUUUUGCCUCUGAGCAUAUUUUUUUUUGGGAAACCAUUUCUAAUGUUUUAUUAAAAUAAAAGUGUUCUUUGAAUAUUUAGUAAGGCUUUUGAAUAAAAUAAA